GCUCUUGAACAACGAACACGCAUUUCUUCCACUCUGCUCCUUUUUACGUGUCUUUCUUUAAUCACAGAAAAGGGCUUUAGGUCCUUCCUUCCAAGUACACCCCUGCAAGCAAAGCUAAUGAGAACAAACAUUCUGCUCAGGACAGAGUCAUGGGGUGCUUGAGGUCUACAAUUACUGUAGUUGUUAUGCUUGUCUCUUUGAUUUCUCUGGAGGACUUCCUUAGCCUUGCUCAUAGAGAUUUGAACAAGAACAAUAUUGUGAUUCUUAAGAGCGAUGAGGGACUAGUUCAGGCCAAGCGAUGGUACAGAGGGAGGAGAAUGGUGAUUGAAGACGAAAAAAGCAGCAUGAAGCAGAGUACAGGGGAUGCUAAGAACACUUUAACCAAGUUGCUUCAGUCAUCAAACACAGAGGAAUCUAGUACCAGCACUACCAAACCCCACUUGAGAAGUGAAAGAAAUAAAGCAAGUGAGAUACAAGGCAAAGCCAAAGCCAUUAAGGACUCAUCUAAUGACACACGAGACAACAUUGAAAAGCUAAAACUUUUAGAGGCUUCUGAUCAACUUUUCAAAAUGCUGAACAGGGACUAUGAUCUCCGGCCGCGUCGCCAUCCGCCAGUGCACAAUUAG